AUGACACGGUCCGAGACGGCGUACGACGAGCGGACGCGGUUCCUGUACACGGAGCUGGCCGGGUCGUGGCUCAUGUUUGCCUUUUUCGAGGCGGUCGGGCUGCGGGUGCUGGCGCGCGGGGACGACGGCGGGCGGCGGGCGUGGAGGGUCGUGUGCGCGGCGGGGCUGCUACAGGACGCGCUGUACGUGGUGAGCAUGGGGCAGGCGGUCGGGGACGAGCGCCGCAUCCCUUUUCUCCGCCAUCGUGAUGGUUCGCUCGCGGGCCGCCCUCGCCGCUCUGCGGCCCUCGCCGUCGCUGCUCCCCUUACGCCCGACCGCGCGCGCUCCCCUCCCUCUCCCUCUCCUUCGCCGCGCCCUCUCCACCACGACCCCCGUCACUCCGCCCCCGACCCAAUCCCACGACGGCGCGCCCAAGACCGAACCCCCGACCACCGCCGCCUCGGCGCGCAGCAAAAGCUCUUCACGACGUCCGUCUACAGCCCCGGCUCGCCCCUGCUCCUCCCCACGGCAAGCGCAUCGCCAACCGCCUCGUCGACUUUUGCGCAAGCAGUACGUCCGCUACGGCUUCGACGAGGUCGACACGCCCACCAUUUACAAAAGGCCCUGUGGGAGAAGUCGGGCCACCUCGAAAACUACGCCGAGGACAUGUUCUCCGUCACGAGCAACCCCCGCACCACCACCUCUUGCUGCGGCACCCACGGCGACGACGCCACCGCCUCCGCCACCGCCGUCGAAGAGGACGAGGGAGACUACGGCCUCAAGCCCAUGAACUGCCCGGGCCACUGCCUCAUCUUCGCCUCGGAACCCCGCAUCUCGGGCGCCCUGUCCGGCCUCACGCGCGUCGAGCGCGAGAUCCGCCGCUCCCUCGGCUUCGUGCGCUUCGUCUACUCGGUCCUGCAAAUCGGCGUCAGCUACCGCCUCGCCCUGUCCACCCGGCCCGCUGACCACUUCAUCGGCACCGCCGAGGAGUGGGACCGCGCCGAGUCCGCCCUCAAGCGCGCGCUCGACGCCUCGGGCCAGGCCUGGAGCGACUCGGACGGCAAGGAGCACCAGACCGCCACUAUCCAGCUCGACUUCCAGCUGCCCAAGCGCUUCGGCCUCAAGUACGAGGCCCCCGCCCCCGAGCUCGAGGCCCGCGGCGAGGAGACCACCGACCGGAGCUCCUGGCCGUCAACGGCCACGUCACCCCCGUCCUCGUCCACCGCGCCGUUCUCGGCUCCGUCGAGCGCCUCAUGGCCCUCCUCAUCGAGCGCUACGACGGCAAGUGGCCCUUUGGCUCAACCCCGCCAGGUCGCCGUCCUCACCGUCAACGACGCUCCCGCUACCGUCGCCUGGGCCAACGCCGUCCGCAACGUCCUCGAGGGCCACGACGGCGAGGACGGCCUGGAGACCGGCGCCGUGACCGAGGGUAUGAAGCAGCCCACCGGCCUUGCCGUUGACCUUGAUCUGCGCGCCAUCACCAUGGGCCGCAAGAAGCACCAGGCCGAUUCAAAGGGCUACGGCCUCAUUGUCGCCAUCGGCGAGCGGGAGGCCGCGGAUAAGACCAUCACUGUUUCGGGCCCCAGCCUGCCUGGCGGCGGAAGGAAAACCAUGUCGCCAGAGGAGCUUCUAAACAUGAUGGAGAAGAUGGUGGCCACGUUCCAAUAA